CCAACUUGUUCGGAAAUUCCUAAACAGCUCAGCUGAGUGCGCGUAUUUUGGCCAAGUAGAAUUAGUGUGUUUUGUUAAUUAUUUAAUAAUAGUCCAAUUAUGAAUACACUGCGUCCCUGUGGCUGCAAAGGCGUGCGUACCUGUCUGACUUGUGAGAAGGACUUUGCGAUCGCCAAGCCCACGUGGCAACAACAAUUCCAGCAACUGGAGGCAUUUUCCUACUGCGUGCAAUGCAAACUUCUUUACUCCGGUUGGGACAUUGAAGCUGUCCAAGCUUCGCAUCCAGAGCACGACCAGACAAGGGGUCUGCCACUGCCUGGUGUAUUCGUGCAAGAGAUGUUUCUUUCUAGCGAAGAAGGUGCACAACUGAUGCGGGACUUGGAUGCAUUGCCUUGGGCAAUUUCACAAAGUGGACGACGCAAGCAAAACUUUGGACCCAAGACAAACUUUAAGAAGCGCCGACUGCAACUGGGCGCCUUUGAGGGUUUCCCUGCCAGCACACGCUAUGUGCAGGAACGAUUCAAGUCGCAUCCACUGCUAGAGAAUUUCCAAUCCAUUGAGCAGUGUUCGCUGGAAUACGAGCCAAGCAAAGGCGCUAGCAUUGAUCCGCAUGUGGACGAUUGCUGGAUUUGGGGUGAACGUGUGGUCACAGUCAACUGUCUGGGAGAUGCGGUGCUUACUUUGAAUCUUUAUGAGGAACAGCAGGCGGGCAAAUACAAUCUAAAUGUACUGGAAGAAUACGGGCAGUUGCUGGAGCCUCUACUGACAGCGGAUCAACUGGCAGAAUACAAAGGCAAGGUGUUGCGCAUUCCCAUGCCCAACCUUUCACUGAUUGUACUUUAUGGACCUGCGAGAUAUCAAUUUGAGCACGCUGUGCUCAGGGAAGAUGUCCAGAAGCGUCGCGUAUGCAUUGCCUACAGAGAGUUUACGCCCAUGUACAUCGAAGGCAAACACAAGGAUCAAGGCAAGCCGGUGACACAACAAUCCCAGCACUUCUGGCCAAUAAAAUCGAAUUAAUUGAAUUUGGAAAAU